AUGAUGAUUUUAGUAAUUAUCUUUAUUCGUUUAGUUAGCAAAGAAGCACCCCGCAAGAAAAAGAUUUCCCAAGACAUUUUAAUUUGUCCUAUUCGAGGAGUUUUGAAAAGAAAAAAAUACGCCGCUAAUGAGCAAAUUAUUUUUGAAUAUGUAAUUCGCCUGGGUCGAGAUGGUCAUAAUUCUUUGCGGGUAGAUUUAGCGGUCAAAAAAAACGGUAAUUUUUUUGUGGUAGCCGAAGUGAAAAAUAAUUCACGGGAAUUGGAGUCCGCUAUUAAACAUCAAUUGCUUCCGGCUAUGGGAAUUCUCAAUGCCAAACACGCAAUUUAUUUUGACGGAACUAAAAAAAGCCGAGUAUAUACUAAAAAUGCUAUUGAAACUAGUUGUGACGAAACCAGCAUCGCCAUUUUGGCCAAUAAAAAAGUGCUUAGUAAUGUUACAAUUUCCCAAAUCUUGGAGCAGCAAAAAUACGGAGGAGUAUUUCCCAGUUUAGCCGCUAAAUUACAUUUAGAAAACAUGCAAAAAGUUUUAAAGGAAGCUUUAUUUAAGGCUCAGAUUAGUCAAAAUAAAAUUGAUUAUAUCGCUUAUACUGAAAAACCCGGCUUGGUUAUUUGUUUACAAAUUGGUAAAGUAAUUGCGGAAACUUUAGCCCUUUAUUUAAACAAACCAUUAAUUCCCGGUAAUCAUUUAGAAGGACACAUUUACGCUAAAUUUGAAUUAUUAGGGCAAACUUUAGAUGAUGCGGUUGGCGAAUGCUUAGAUAAGGUUUCCUUGCUUUUAGGCUACCAUUAUCCGGGAGGGCCAGUCAUUGAAAACCUCGCCCAAAAAGGGCAAAAUACUUACCAAUUGCCUUUAACUAAAUUAGAUAAUACUUAUGAUUUUAGUUUUAGUGGUUUAAAAACUGCCGUGCGUUUGUUGAUUGAAAGAGAAGGAAAAGAAUUAAAGGUCAAUAAUCUAGCUUGUUCUUUACAAUACACUUUGGCUAAAAUUUUAACUUUUAAAAUUAAGAAAGUUCUACAAGUAAAAAAAGUUAAUACGGUUAUUUUAGGGGGUGGGGUGGUAGCCAAUAAAUUUUUAACUAAUUAUUUAAAAAAAUUCUUACAAAAGAAAGACAAAAACAUAGAAUUAUUUAUUCCGCCAAAAAAAUAUUGCCUAGAUAAUGCCGCCAUGAUUGGAAUUUUAACUUAUUAUAAAUUACUUUAA